CUCCCCAUUCCGCCACCGCAACAGACCCCGUCCCCUCGAGUUCCCCCACAACCCCGGAGCGCGCCGCCACGCCGAUGGCGUCCCCGCCGCCGCCGGAGCCAACGCCGGCCGCCGCGGCCGGGCUGGAAAGCAUGGAGGGGCUAGCCCUGGACACGGUCAUUUCAAAGGCCGGCCCGCGCCCCGCCGCGGCGCUCGCCUGCGCCAGCAAGCGCCUCCGCGCUGCCGUCGCCGACGACUCCCUCUGGCGCCGCUUCUGCGCCGACGACCUGGGCCUCGACGCGCCCGUCGACCCCGAGGGCCGGCCGCUCCCGUCCUUCCAGGUUGCAUAUAAAGUGUGGUUGGAGUCUUUUGGCAUGUACCCUUUAUCCUUGGUAAAGAGAGUGAAAGAAUUCUGGGGUUCUAUGAAAAAAUGGUUGUCUGAAAACUUUCCUGAGGCAGCCAAAACAUUGUGCAAAGGUGUUUCGGAAGCUCAAUUAAAGUCGGCAGAGGAUGAUCUUGGUUUCAAGCUCCCUAUGCCCACAAAGCUGCUGUAUCGCUUUUGCAAUGCUCAACUGCCUUUUAGUGAUAACGAUGAAGCAAAUGUACGCAGUUCCACUCAUGGAAUAAUUGGGGGCUAUGCGUUUUAUGAUUAUUGGGUAAAUGUGCAUUUAUCACCACUUGAGCAAAUAGUUGAAGAGACAAAACAGUUUUAUCGUGAGUUCCCUGAUGUCUUCAAUGGGCGCAAAUUCAUUAUAGUGGCGACAUCAUGGUUUCAUCCAAAAACAUUUAUCCUAAAUUGCUCAAAUGGUGAACUUUAUGUUGGCACAAACAACUUACCAGUAGGAGAAAUGCUUCCUUGUGUGCCUAAAGCAUUGGUAAAGCCAACUGAUACUGAUCUACCCCAAGAUGGAUUACUUCUGUGGCUGGAAGAGCAUCUCAGGCGUUUACAGAAUGGAAUGAUCAAGACCCGUAUGCUGUUGAAGUCAAGGUAUAUCAGCUUAUAUCCAGAAGCACCGCCAUUAUGUACUUCAGCCAUGACAAAUGGUGUUAAGGUGCGUGCAUCUGCUGUCUUUGUGCCAGAACAUCCUCAAACUCAGGGUCAUGAGCGAAGUUUGUUGUACACUUAUUCAAUUCGCAUGUCAGUUCCAGAGGCUUGCAUGCUAGGUGGUGUGUACUAUUCUUCCUGCCAGCUUCAUUCACGCCACUGGACCAUUCGAUCAAGGGACAGGGUUGUUUCUGUUGUUAGUGGGGAAGGUGUUAUUGGACAGUAUCCUGUGCUGUCACCUGGUCGGGAUGAGUUUGUCUAUGAGAGCUGCACGCCACUGCCCAAAGGGCCUGGAUCUGUGGAAGGCUCUUUUUCAUUUGUGCCUGGCAAGUUGAGCCGACCAGAAGGUAAGCCGUUCGAGGUUACAGUGGCGCCAUUCCCUCUGGAGGUGCCAGAGUACAUCUUCUGAUGUUCGUCGUGAGAAAUAAUGUAUCUGUAUGGUAGAUGCUUCUAUCAGACCUGGUACGUGCUUGGUGGAGCAAACUUUGUCUACUUGGUAUGAUCUUGUUGGGGUAAUGUAAGAUAUGGAACCGUGUGCUGUUACUUGAUGUGGCAAUCAUCAUUAGUCAAUAACCAUAGUGAUAUCAGCCUAGGAACCAGCAGAUGGGCCUCAGUUACCAGGAUCCUGAGUCUGUGCCGAGCUAGUGGGCUGGACUACAUAUGGUUAUGGAGGCAAAAUCUUGAGGCAUGGAAGCCCACGAGAAGGGGCCUCCUUGUGCUGCUCCACAUUGGGCCAUCCAUUAUAGGAAGGACCUGCGGACCACAUACAUAUUCGGCUAAGUUUUGCACCCAGAAUUCCAACUACAGUUUCUUCCUCAUCCCAGCUGACAGGGACAAUUAUAUACAUCUAGUACAACAGCUAGCCGGACAUUAUAUCUACCAAAUGGGGGGACUGUUGUACUUCGGUGACAAAAUAAAGCUGGUUUAGUUUGCGAGAUACUGAA